AUGGCUCAAGUACCACCUAUUCAAUCAAAGGUCUACAAACAACUCUUCCCACCUCUCCCUUCCCGUCCUGUUCAAGCUCCCCGUCGCGCUAUGUCGGGUUCGGAGUGUUCUGUUCUCUGUUUUGGGACUUCUUUUAAUUCAAUGCAAAAAUUGACAGAACCUCUCCUUCCUACUAACCCAUCAACUUCUUCUUCUGACUCUUCUAUCCUCUUUUCUUACUCAAAAAACUCGCGAAAGGCUCAUUUCCUUUGUGUCCAUCCCCCACCUCAUCGGCCCCCUUUGCCAGCAAUCCCCCCACCACUCCCACCAAAGACUUACGCCGAAAAACAUUUGUAA